GCGAGAGAACGGCGCAAGCUUGUACGAAGCGAGAUAUUUACCUGUGUGCCAUACAUAAGUCCAUUCAUCCGAGAUAUCUAAUUGUACCUGAAGCAUAAAAAACCAUGUCGCUCUUACCAGUUCUGUUAUCGGCGGCAUUGUGGGCCGACCUGGAGAGACCGUACAUGAUGGACCAAAACUUCGGAAUGGGAUUGAGAUCUGACCAGUUACCUGGCCUCAGCAGUUUGGAGAAAUUGUACGGAAAUCGGCUGUUGAACAGUCUGUACUACAGACCUUGGACAGACAUCUUGAGGGCAACCGAAGGUGGAUUAUCGGCCAUCAAGGCGGAUAAGGAAGGCUUCAAGGUCUUCCUAGAUGUCCAGCAGUUCAAGCCGGAGGAGCUCCAGGUCAGGGUGAUGGACAACACGCUUCUCAUCGAAGCGAAACACGAGGAGAAGAGGGAUCAACACGGCCUAAUCUCCAGGCAGUUCGUCAGGAAGUACAUUCUGCCCGAAGGGGUGGACCCGGAGAAAAUCUCAUCCAGUAUAUCCACGGAUGGAGUCCUGACGAUAUCGGCGCCUCUGAGGGACCAACCCCAGGAGAAACCAGGGAGGAUCAUAGAGAUCGAGAGGACCGGGAAACCGGCUCUUCGACAGGAAGAAACACCCCGUAGUUCCAUGGAAGGCCAGGACCUUACGACCGAAGGAACGACCAUCACGACGGAAGAGAACGAGGAAGCCAAUGAGGCGACAAAAUGAAAUUUUCAUUCGUAAUUCCUGUUGCAUUUUGACUGCUCUUUUUUACAUUUAGGUUAACUAUUUUAUAUGGUUAUGUUCAUGUUGCCAAAGCUCUCUUUUUCAACUUUUUCUACCACUGUUUAAAUAAAAUGAAAGAUAUUUCGAA